AUGUCGUCGCGUCUUCCGUCGACGCUUAGUAUUUCGAUAACGUUCACGCGUCCGACGACGUCGACGCUUAGUAUUUCGAUGACGUUCACGCGUCCGACGACGUCGACGCUUAGUAUUUCGAUGACGUUCACGCGUCCGACGACGUCGACGCUUAGUAUUUCGAUGACGUUCACGCGUCCGACGACGUCGACGCUUAGUAUUUCGAUGACGUUCACGCGUCCGACGACGUCGACGCUUAGUAUUUCGAUGACGUUCACGCGUCCGACGACGUCGACGCUUAGUAUUUCGAUGACGUUCACGCGUCCGACGACGUCGACGCUUAGUAUUUCGAUGACGUUCACGCGUCCGACGACGUCGACGCUUAGUAUUUCGAUGACGUUCACGCGUCCGACGACGUCGACGCUUAGUAUUUCGAUGACGUUCACGCGUCCGACGACGUCGACGCUUAGUAUUUCGAUGACGUUCACGCGUCCGACGACGUCGACGCUUAGUAUUUCGAUGACGUUCACGCGUCCGACGACGUCGACGCUUAGUAUUUCGAUGACGUUCACGCGUCCGACGACGUCGACGCUUAGUAUUUCGAUGACGUUCACGCGUCCGACGACGUCGACGCUUAGUAUUUCGAUGACGUUCACGCGUCCGACGACGUCGACGCUUAGUAUUUCGAUGACGUUCACGCGUCCGACGACGUCGACGCUUAGUAUUUCGAUGACGUUCACGCGUCCGACGACGUCGACGCUUAGUAUUUCGAUGACGUUCACGCGUCCGACGACGUCGACGCUUAGUAUUUCGAUGACGUUCACGCGUCCGACGACGUCGACGCUUAGUAUUUCGAUGACGUUCACGCGUCCGACGACGUCGACGCUUAGUAUUUCGAUGACGUUCACGCGUCCGACGACGUCGACGCUUAGUAUUUCGAUGACGUUCACGCGUCCGACGACGUCGACGCUUAGUAUUUCGAUGACGUUCACGCGUCCGACGACGUCGACGCUUAGUAUUUCGAUGACGUUCACGCGUCCGACGACGUCGACGCUUAGUAUUUCGAUGACGUUCACGCGUCCGACGACGUCGACGCUUAGUAUUUCGAUGACGUUCACGCGUCCGACGACGUCGACGCUUAGUAUUUCGAUGACGUUCACGCGUCCGACGACGUCGACGCUUAGUAUUUCGAUGACGUUCACGCGUCCGACGACGUCGACGCUUAGUAUUUCGAUGACGUUCACGCGUCCGACGACGUCGACGCUUAGUAUUUCGAUGACGUUCACGCGUCCGACGACGUCGACGCUUAGUAUUUCGAUGACGUUCACGCGUCCGACGACGUCGACGCUUAGUAUUUCGAUGACGUUCACGCGUCCGACGACGUCGACGCUUAGUAUUUCGAUGACGUUCACGCGUCCGACGACGUCGACGCUUAGUAUUUCGAUGACGUUCACGCGUCCGACGACGUCGACGCUUAGUAUUUCGAUGACGUUCACGCGUCCGACGACGUCGACGCUUAGUAUUUCGAUGACGUUGACGCCUGAUGUUUGGUUGACGCUUGGUCCGGGAGGGUUUUCCGUAAGACCCAUUGCCAAUAUACGACGCAGCAUUUCUCACCACUGA